AUGGCGGACAGCCGGGCAGUGCCGAAGGACAGGGUCCUGACCCUGGAGUCCAUGAACCCCCACGUCCGGAAGGUGGAGUACGCCGUGCGGGGGCCCAUCGUUGCCCGGGCCAACCAGCUGCAGAAGGAGCUGAAGCAGGGGGUCAAGAAGCCCUUCGCGGAAGUGAUUGCAGCCAACAUUGGGGACGCGCAAGCUAUGGGGCAGAAGCCCAUCACUUUUGUGCGCCAGGUCAGCGCCCUCUGCAUGUACCCCGAACUCCUGAAUUCCCCCGAUUUUCCUGAAGACGCAAAACAGAAAGCCCGGCGACUCCUGGCCGCGUGCGGAGGGCAGAGCAUUGGGGCCUACAGUGCCAGUCCUGGGAUCGAGCUCAUCCGACAGGAUGUGGCUGCCUUCAUCCAACGCCGAGAUGGGGGGAUCCCCUCCAACCCGGAGAACAUCUACCUGUCGACGGGGGCCAGCAGUGCCGUGGUGGUCCAAAGCCGCCAAUGCAUCGAAGAGGUCAUCCGCUUUGCUUGGGAAGAGCAUCUCUUCCUCAUGGCUGAUGAGGUCUACCAGGACAACGUCUACGCCGAGGGCUCCAAGUUCCACUCCUUCAAGAAGGUUCUUUUUGAGAUGGGCCCCAAGUAUUCUGAGAGCCUGGAGCUGGCCUCCUUCCACUCCAUCUCCAAGGGCUUCAUGGGCGAGUGUGGUUUCCGUGGAGGCUACAUGGAGGUGAUUAAUAUGGACCCGGCUGUCCAGCAACAGCUGACCAAGCUGGUCUCGGUCCGCUUGUGCCCACCAGUGACGGGCCAGAUUCUCCUGGAUGCCGUGGUCAACCGGCCCCAGCCAGGAGACCCCUCCUACCAGCAGUUCAGCCAGGAAAAGGCGGCUGUGCUGGGCGCUCUGGCCAGGAAGGCCCGGCUGACCGAGGAGAUCUUCAACCGGGCCCCCGGGAUCCACUGCAACCCCGUGCAGGGCGCCAUGUACGCUUUCCCACGGAUUGAGCUGCCCGCUCGAGCAGUGCAGGAAGCCAAGGCCCAGGGCCAGGCGCCGGACAUGUUCUUCUGCCUCAGACUGCUGGAGGAGACGGGCAUCUGCGUGGUGCCCGGCAGUGGCUUCGGCCAGAGAGAAGGCACCUUCCACUUCAGUUCACCUGGGCAUGGAAAAACUAUAGCCAAUCUUUUCGUCUUCCACAAAGGGAUCCAGGAAAAGAUCAAGGAGGGGAUCCGAGGUGCCCCUUCCGGCUUCUGUUAA